AGAGAUCGCUCAAUAAAUAUACACUUCCCACGUCUCUUCACUUCCCCUUUCAACUACCAGUUCCCUCCCCUCAAAUCUCGUCGGAAAACGCCUUCCGCCACCCCAAUUCCGCCAAUUCUCCACCACCACCACCACCGCCCAAAUGAAACCCCAGUUUCUGAUCCACUACCUCUAUUUGUAGAACCGCAUAAAUAGGUUUGUUUUUCUUUUACUGAGGAAGCAAGCAAAUGGGUUGCUGUGUCAGUACCAAUUCCAAGCCCGCAUCUCCGCCCAAGGACCACCACCAUCGUCAUUCGUCGUCGGCGAGAUCCGCCGACUUCCGCCACUCCAAGGCGCCGCCGCCGCUAGAAGAAGAGACCGUGAAGGAAGUCCUGUCCGAGACUCCGAAUCCGAAGCCACCUGUCCCAAAAAUCCAAGACGAGAAAGAGGCUAAGAUCCAAGAAGACGACGCUAGCGAUGUCGGGGAUAAGACGCCGUUUACGGCCACGGAGGUCUCCGAAGUGUCCGACAUCACCAGCUUGAGCGAGAGCGUGUCGACGCUGACAGAGAGGAGAGAGGAAGACGAGGGUGAGGUCCGGCAGAGGGUGGCUAGAUCGCCGUCGAAGCUCCGGCGGAGAGGGAGUACGCCGGCGGUCGGAAAAUCCCCGGUCAGAAGGUCGGAUCCGUCUCCGGGCCGGGUCAGACUGGUUCCAGCAAGAGAGAGGCCGGGCGUGGCGCCCGCCGGGCAGAGACAGGACUCCGGGGACGUCAACAUGCGGAGGUUGAGGUCUCCAGCUAAGCGCGGGGCCGAGACCGGAGCUGCAAGAACGGCCGGGCUGGGCCGGAGCCCGUCGGAUAGGAAAACGGGGAAGUCUCCGGAUCGGGUCAGAUCCGACCAGUCCGAGAAGACCCGAAAGGUUCGGGAGACCGCGGACAAGGAGGCCGCCACGUGGCCGCCACCGACAGGCAACGAGUCUCUUGAAAACCCGCUCGUGUCCCUGGAAUGUUUCAUCUUUCUGUAGAGCGAGUCCACAGAGAGGGAGAGAGAGAGCCGUGGGCAGAAACUGUAAUUAUGGACUUUCUCGGGGGUCAAUUGUGGAAUGACGAUACGGCAUGGGGCCGAAAGCUUACUGCUGUCCUUCAUUUUUGUCCUGCUUAGCGUAAAAAGAGUCAAAAGCCAAACAUCAAGUUGGCUGGUGAAAUUCCAGAAUUACCUUUCUUCUCCUUCUCCGGUAUGUAUUGUGUCUGUCUGUGUCCCACUGUAGUUUUGGCUGUGCAAUUCCAGAAAUCAAUGCCAUUUAUUGGUC